UUGCCAGAGUUUUUGCCCAAUUUUUGUCAUAUUUUCUAGUUAUAAAUUAGCAAAAAAUUCUGAUACAGAUCAAAUAAAAAUGUUUUGGCGUGCAUUAGUUGUUUUAUUUAUAAAUAUUUUGAUGAGUUUACUGGCUGGUUUGGCAAGUUAUCAUUUUAUGUUACAAUUUUUGCCUAUAUUUAUUCAACGAAAACUUUAUGGUUUAGAUCAAUGUAAGUUAGAUAAAAAGCCAGUACCAGAACCUAUUGGGGUUAUCGCUGCAGCGAUUUAUUUAAUUUUUCUUUUCACUUUUAUUCCACUACCUUUUUAUGAUUUAAUAAAUCAGAGGGCAAUAUUUACUGGUGAAAAUGGAUCAACAAACAUUGAAUGUGAUAAUUCUUCUUUUCUCAAUUUGCUGUCUCUUUUGGCUGGACUUGUAAGUAUCUGUACAGCUGUUUUAUUGGGAUUUGCAGAUGAUAUUCUUGACCUUCGUUGGCGCCACAAACUUUUAUUUCCAACACUUUCUUCUAUGCCUCUUCUUUUAGUUUACCUUCUUUCAACUGUUUUAUUGCCACAUUUUUUACAAAAAUAUUUGGGAGGUGCUAGCUUUUUGGAUAUUGGGCCGUUUUAUUAUGUUUAUAUGGUUUCUCUGGUUAUUUUUUGCACUAAUGCAAUUAAUAUAAUUGCUGGAAUUAAUGGAGUUGAGGUUGGACAGUCUUUGGUUAUUACAGCUAGUAUUGCGGUUUUUAAUACAAUUCAGGUUAUCCGUUCAAUAGAUUCAAUACAAUUAUGGCAUCACGUUCUUUCCCUUUGUUUUAUUCUUCCUUUUAUUGGCACAUCAACAGCUUUAUUUAUUAUCAACAAAUAUCCAGCCAAAGCAUUUGUUGGCGAUACUUAUUGUUAUUGGGCUGGAAUGACAAUUGCAGUUUCUGCUUUAACUGGACGUUUUUCAAAAACUUUGUUGCUUUUUCUUCUUCCACAGAUAAUAAAUUUCAUUUUUUCCUGUCCACAACUCUUUCAUUUCGUUCCCUGUCCUCGUCAUCGACUUCCACGUUUAAAUGAAAAUGGAAAAUUAGAAAUGAGCAUGGUAGAAUUUCAACCUCACAAAUUGUCAAAAAUUGGAAAUCUUUGUUUUCGAAUACUUGGAAUGACUAGAUUAAUUUAUUACAAGGAAUACAUUAAAGAUGGAGAAAGUUGGGUGUCAAUGAAUAACUUAACAAUCCUCAACUUGUUAUUAAAAUUCAAUGGACCUCAAUUUGAAUGGGAAUUAAUAAAUAAAUUUAUUAUUUUACAAAUUUUGUGUUCUAUAUUUGCCUUUUUUUGCCGAUUUUGUUUGGCUCGGAUUUUCUAUGAUGAAGUUAAUUAA